UUCCUGAGGGGAGGAGAAUGUGAAAGUAAACUUAGUGUGAGUGACGCAGAGCUGCAGUCCAGAUGAGUUUCUCUCUAAAGAAACAACUAAAUCCACUAGCUUUUCAUCAACGAUCUGCGACAAAUUCUGAGUGUCGAUAUGUCUGCUGCCAGCUGUCUGCUGACUGAAGAUCAGUUCCUGUGCUCCAUCUGUCUGGACGUGUUCACUCAUCCAGUCACCAUUCCAUGUGGACACAACUUCUGUAAAGCCUGCAUCACCGGCCACUGGAACGUUAAUGCCCCGCCUAACUGUCCCAACUGUAAAAAGCUUUUCUGCACCAGACCUGAGCUGCAGGUCAACACGUUCAUCUCUGAGAUGGCUGCUCAGUUCAGACUGUCAGCUCAGCAGAAAGCCAGCAGCAGCAGCUCAGAGCAACGAGCUGCCCAACCAGGAGAAGUUCCAUGUGACGUCUGCACUGGAACCAAAGUGAAGGCCCUCAAGUCCUGCCUGGUGUGUCUGGUCUCCUACUGUGAGGCUCACCUGGAGCCUCAUCUGACUACGUCAGGUCUGAAGAAACAUCAGUUGAUGGACCCUGUGGAGAACCUGGAAGGCAGGAUGUGUACGAAGCACGAUAAACUGCUGGAGGUGUACUGUAAGACCGACCAGAUGUGUGUCUGCAUGCUCUGCACUGUUGCAGACCACAAGAACCAUGAUGUUGUUCCUCUGAGAGAAGAAUAUGAAGGGAAGAAGGAAGAGCUUGGAAGGACUGAGGCUGAAGUCCAGCAGAUGAUCCAGAAGAGACUACUGAAGAUUCAGGAGAUCAAACACUCAGUGGAGCUCAAUGAGGAAGCAGCAAACAGACAGGUAGCAGAAGGUGUCCUGGUCUUCAGCACUCUGAAGGAGUCUGUUGAGAGAAGCCAGGCGGAGCUCAUCAACAGUAUCGACGAGAAGCAGAGAAAGACAGCGAAACAGGCUGAAGGCUUCAUCAAAGAUCUGGAACAGGAGAUCUCUGAGCUGAAGAAGAGAAGCACUGAGGUGGAGCAGCUCUCACACUCUGAAGACCACCUCCACCUCCUCCAGAGCUUCAAGACCCUGAAAACUGCUCUACCCACCAAGGACUGGACAGGAGUCAGAGUCAGUGCACCUUCACAUGAGGGGACUGUUGUGAGAGCUGUGAAUCAGCUGCAGGAGAUGCUCAGUAAACAGAUGAAGGAGCUGCUGGAGGUCGAGCUGAAGAGAGUCCAGCAGUCUGCAGUGGAUGUGACACUCGAUCCCGAUACAGCACAUCCUAACCUCCUCCUGUCUCAUGAUGGAAAACAAGUUAAACAUGGAGAUGUAAAGAAGAAUCUCCCCGACAACCCAGAGAGAUUUAAUCAGUGUGUUAUUGUCUUAGGAAAGCAGCGUUUCUCUUCAGGUAGAUUUUACUACGAGGUUCAGGUUAAAGGGAAGACUGAGUGGUGGUUAGGAGUGGCGAGAGAGUCCAUCAACAGGAAGGGACACGUCUCACGGACUCCCCAGGACGGCUACUGGACCAUUCGCUUGGUGAAUGAACUGAACGGGUACUUGGCUUGUGAUGACCCUCCAGUCGAUCUCUCUCUGGAGUCCCGGCCCGGGAAGGUGGGGGUGUUUGUGGAUUACGAGGAGGGUCUGGUCUCCUUUUAUGACGUUGAUGCUGCAGCUCUGAUCUACUCCUUUACUGGCUGCUGCUUCACUGAGAAACUCUACCCAUACUUCAAUCCAUGUCUUAAUAAUUAUGGUACAAACUCUGCUCCUCUGAUCAUCUCUGCUGUCAAUCGCAGUAGCUUGUCCUCUCUCUCUGCUUGGACACCUUUCCACAAGUGUUUCGCCUCCAAUUGAAGCUCCUGCAAAAUGGCGAAUUUAAAGAGUGGAGCCCCGGAACACAAACUAUAGUAAAAGAUUAUAGUAUAGUAUAAAUUGUUACAUUGAUAAAAUAUGAUAUAUGAAAAAGAAAUCUAAAUGUUUACAGUUUUUUUCGGAUUCAAUAAUGAAAAGAUGGAAUGACCGUUCAUUAUUAAUUAUUUGGAUUAGCCGAGGGUGCAGGUGUGAUAUAUAGCGAAGUGAGUCAGUUGGCAACAGGACGGUAAAUGUGUAGGCAUAUUAUAUUAAUGCAUAUUGUGUGAUUAUUAUGUAAUUAAAGCGUGGAAUGUAAUGGGAAAAAUAUAUGUAACCCUUCAAUGUUGUCUUGUUGUCUAUUGUCGUACUGUCUGCUGUCACGCACCAACCGCCACCAUCCUUGUAUGUCUGACAUAUUAUGGUAAUAAAUGUUUCCUGAUUCCUGAUCCUGAAAUGUUUCAUUGUACAAACAGUUUAUAGAUUGUAGGUGUAGGAGUUGUGUGGGAAAGCAUUGAGCUGAAGUGUCUCACACUGAUGAGAUGUCUCCAGAUGUGUCCAGAUGUGUCCAGUCUCCUUUAGGGUAACAACAAGUGGGUUCACAUGUGUUGGAUGUAAGCGCGUUUCUUUUGGUGCCACCAGUCUGGACUGAGGUAUAAGAACUGCUCUGCCUUGUAUGUAGAAAAAAGACAUAUUCUUUUCAGUCUGCUGAGCACGUAGCUGUUGGGACAUUUUUUUCCCUUGCAGGCAAAUAAACAGAAAGACAUAUUUGAUUCAGAGGUUUUACCUUUCACUCCCUGUUUGGUCUUUGUUCAAGCAGCCAGAGUGGCACAGUCUAAUACUUCUCAAUACCGACCAAAGACCUCUUCUAGUUUGGUUUUGUUAAAACCUGAUGGAGGUUUUCAUCUCGGAACUGAGACAAGUGAUCUAGCUCGGCUUGUCUGGUCUGCUGUUUGACAUGAACAGAUAGGAGCCUAUAAGCUUAAGCUUGAUGGUGUAAAAUAAAGGGGCUCCCUCU